UUUAGAUAACUAUUUAAGAUAAUGAAUAAAAUCUAAAUAAUUAAAUAACUAAAUAAAAUCUCCUAAAAUUUAAAAUACUGAAUAAAAUUUAAAUAGAUAAAAUAUUGAAUCUAAAUAAAAUCUAAAGAAUGAAAUAGAAUCUAAAGAAAUAUCUAAAAACUAAAUGAAAUACUAAAUCAAAUAAAAUUAAUGUUAAUUUAUCUUCUGCUGCGUCUUUCUUGAAUAAGUCUGAAUUUUAUCUGAAAGAAUCUUAUCAGAGAAUGCUUAGAUCAAGUUCACAAAGGGGAACGUUAGGGGUGUGCAUGUAGCCCGAUUGCCCAAUAUGCCCGCCCAAACCCGAUAAAAUUUUGUCCAACCCGGCCCUAAAAAAAGUUGCUCGACAUGACUUGGGCAUGUUUGGGCAGGCAUUGUUCGGGCAGGGCCGAGCCACGGGCAGGGUAGCAUGCCCUGCCCAUUUGGCCCAGCCCGAGUACAUUAAUAUAUUUUUUAAAUUUUUUAAAGGGUCAAUUAUAUUAACUAUUAAGACUUAAGGAAAGAUGAAAAGAGGAAUUGGGAAGAAGCUUUUUGUAAAUUAAAGUUUACUCUGUGAAAUUAUUUUUUUUUCAUGAUACUCCAAACUUUUGUAAAAUUUAUUGUUUUUAAUGGAUUAUUGUAGCUAUUAUUUUGGAUUGCAUUAUGGAUAAUUUCACUAUGUGUCAAGACUUAUAAUAGUUUUAUAUUUCAAGUUAGAUGUUGAAUUAUAAAUAAUUGGAUAUCAUAGUUGUUAUUUUGUAUUUAUGGUUUACAUUUUUAUGAAUGUUAUUUUGAGUUGAUGGGCUGGGUCAUUGUUGUUAAUUUAUGAUAGUUUCAUUUGAAGUUAAUGGAAAGGAAGAUUAUUUGAUGGGCAGGGCGACCCAAAGGUGCCCAGCUGGCCCUGCCCAGCCCAAGUUAAUAGGACAUUUUGUGGGUAGGGCUGGGCAGCGGGCUACAUUUUUCAGCCCAUGCAUCCUUUGGGCAGGGCAUCGGGCAAGGCCUUGCCCAACCCAGCCCUGUCCAUGUGCACCCAUAGGGAACGUAAAAGAAAUAUCCUUACAUUUGCUCAAAAAAAAGGGGAGGGGGGAGGAACUACCUUUACAAAGAUUGGGUGGAAAGCUAUUAUUUCUGGAUUCACCGAGAAAAAUAUGACAAAGGACAAUUCAGAAACAAGUGGUACAACCUUAGGAAAGACUGGACAACAUGGGAUAAAUUAUUUUCCAGAGACUGGUUUUGGGUGGGAUAGUGCAAAGAACAUGGUAGACACACCAGAUGAAGAUGAUUGGUGGGAGAAAAAGCAAUUGGAAAAUCCCCAAUAUACAAAAUUUAGGUAUAAAGCACUUCUGUUUGCUCAAGAAUUGGCAAUUUUAUUCAAGGAUGUGGUAACCUCUAAUAGUGUGGAUGAUGAAGAUGAUGCGUACUGUACAUCCAUUGCCAGUGAUUGUGUAGACCUAGAGGAAGGAUCAGGGAAUGGUGAAGAAGAUCUUCAAGGUGCUCCUGCUGGACCAGUUAGCCAUCACUUGCGAAAUAUGAAUUUAAUUACUUCAUAUGAGGCUCUAAGUGAAAGAAACACUAGUAAGAGGAAAAGGGUGGGAUAUUCUGAAUCUGAAGGGAAGAAAAAGCAAAAAGUCACGGCUUCAGAAAAAAUAGCUGGUGCAGAAAGAAGUAGAAUAGAUGAACCUAACAAGGCUAGAAGAACUGCUGUAAACACCCUUAUAUUACCUGGAACUUCUGCUGCUGAAAUUAUGGCUGAAAUUCUAACCGUGUAGGCUAUUAUGAGUGAUAUUGAUUUGUUGGCACGAUUUGUCAUCUUAUGAUGUUCGAGCCUGCGCGGAAAAGUUUGUAGCAUUGAAAGGAUAUAAGAAUAAAUUCAGUUUGUUGAAAUGGUUGAAGCAUGCAGCUUACAACCCAUUGCCAUUUGAACAUAGCACUUGACUAGAACAUUUGAUCAUUGUAUUUGAGUAGAAUUUGAAUUUAUGCUUUUGUAGUAGUCAUAUUAGAGUCGGAAUGCUCAUAUGUGACUACCAGUUCUGAUACU